AUGGCUCCACGACCAAACAAAGAAGAACCUGAUUACCUGGUCAUCUUCGACAAUGUUGAUGACUUCACAUGGGAUAUCAAAGACGUGAUCCCUGAAUGUAUCGGAGGUAGACUUAUCAUUACUAGUCAAGAUAUAAGGAGUUCGAAACUGCUCAGACGAGGUUGUGAGAAGGUUUAUGCCGAUGCUAUAUCGCCACCGGAGGCAAGAAUGGUUCUUCUCCAACACCUAUCGCAGGGUCCGGACCCUCCCCGGGAAAAGGUGCAACAAGGCUGCGAUGAAGUGACGGAGAAGCUUGGAUAUUUGGCACUUGCAGUCGAUCUUGCUGGUGUGUAUAUGGGCGACCGCGCCGCCACGCCGGAGUAA